UUUCUAUCAAAAAAGGAAAGCAAAAACAAAGAGAUAAAAGACUAGUUCUCUAGAUAGUUUUCAUUUUUGUUCCAGCAAGCGGUGCAGGGUGGACAUUCUGUAGUUGACAAUGAAGACGCUUUGCUCUGCUGUCGUUCUUCUUUUCCUUCAUCAGGUUUUCUGUACCUCGGCUAGCGUUAUUGAGAUGGACAACCCGUCUCAUUGGAUGAAGUUCUGUGCUAGAGUCGAUAAAGUAACUUUCACAGACAAUGAAGAUUAUCGAGCUGCUGUGUGUAACAACCUUUAUGAGACCGUACAAGAGGGUCAUGGUGAGUGCUGCUCGACAUCUGACUACAUUCCAAUUAAUCCAGCGAAGGGUUAUAAAUUCAGCGUCUACAUCAAAUCGACGGGACUUGACAUGACAAACUCAUUUGGUUUCAACGUUUACAAUGAGAAGAAAGAAGACAUAUCGACAAAAAAUCAAUAUUUUAAACAUAGUGACAACGAUUCAAACUUGUGGACCAAAUGGACGGGCUACAUACUUCCUCCCCACGUACCUGACUCGAACAAUGACGGCAAACCGGAUUCUCAGUUUAACGAGACAAACGGAGACGAUUGGAAGUGGCCACGUGAUGCUAGAUAUGUUGCUCUACGAAUUGGAUCGUGUGGUAGUGGUCCUGCGUCAACUUCCGAUGCUGUUCCUGUUACUAGUGAUGUUUCUUCCAUCACUCCAACUCCUGAUCCUGAUCCUUCCAGACAAACUCCUUAUGACGAGACGUGGUACUUGUUUCUCAGCUAUCAAGAAUUCGAGACUCCCUUACGUCCUGGACAUGUUGGUGUCUGGACCUUUGACAUAUUAGACUACCGUGAAUGGGAUACAAAACCAAACUACACUGGGAAAGGAUAUGUGAACGCACAUGAUAUACAUACUCCUAUAGCCAAGAUGGUUGAGGGGAAAGAGAGAAAAUGCUAUUAUCCGUGGGGCAUUACACAUCUUUUUGAGAUUGAUUCAAACAAAACGUAUGAGUUCAGUGUUUGGAUCUUGAGCAUACAAACUGAUCUUCACAACUUUCUUGGUUUUCGAGCGUAUGACGAAGACAAAAACCUUCUGAGCUUCCCAUUACCUGAUAGUGACUAUCUGCAGUAUUAUUCCAACAUCACAACCAAACCGUAUUUCAAAAGAACCAACAAUGAUACAAAAGAGUGGACAAGAUGGAAUGGAUAUGUACUUCCAGACGGAACUGAUGACAUUCCUUCCCACUUCCGUAAUGGACGAACCUGGGUGUGGCCACAAGGUGCCAAAUAUGCGCAGUUGAGGUUUGGCACUUGCUAUGGCAAAGGGAACGACCAAGGAAUCACCUAUUUCGCUCUUCCUCGAGUGGUGCAGACUGAUUUGCAGCCAAACUAGAAAUAGUUUGACCUAGCUAGGUCAGACGAACUAGUUGCUGGAGCGUUAUCUAGCGCUUGUCAGACUUUCGUUUUGGUUGCACUACUGAUAACUGUUGUAGUGAUCACAGAACGUAGCAAAUUUUGUCACACA